GAGAAGCUGAGAGGAGGAGGAGAGGAGGGAGGGCAGGCCGAGUCAGGGAACAGCCGCGGCUUGGCUCGGGAUGUGUGUGGCUCUCUGCGCAUGCGCCGACUCGGGGGCCUCGGUGGUAAUGGUGAGGCUUGGCUCGGGUAUAGGUUGUGCGUCUUUCUGCGCAUGCGCGGACUGGAGGCCUUGGUAAUAGUGAGGGAGAGCUUGGCUCCGGGUAUAGUGUGUGCCUCUCUCCGCAUGCGCGAACUUGGUGGUAAUGGCCUGAAAUACUACCAGUGGCUCCUUUUGGGCUGGUCAAGGCGUCUUCAGCCUUUGGCCUCUCUUUGGACCAGCCAUGAUUCACAGCCUCUUCCUGAUAAACUCGUCGGGAGACAUCUUUCUGGAGAAGCACUGGAAAAGCGUCGUCAGCCGUUCAGUUUGCGACUACUUUUUCGAGGCUCAAGAGCUGGCUUCGGAGGCGGAAAACGUGCCCCCCGUGAUCCCUACCCCACACCACUAUCUCUUAAGCGUUUACCGACACAAGAUCUUCUUUGUGGCCGUGAUCCAAACAGAGGUGCCCCCUCUUUUUGUCAUCGAAUUUCUCCACCGGGUUGUGGAUACGUUUCAGGAUUAUUUUGGCGUCUGCUCAGAGGUGGUCAUCAAGGACAAUGUGGUGGUGGUCUAUGAAGUGCUGGAAGAGAUGCUGGACAAUGGAUUCCCGCUGGCUACUGAAUCCAACAUCCUGAAGGAGCUGAUCAAACCACCUACUAUCCUAAGGACAGUUGUCAACACCAUUACAGGGAGCACCAAUGUGGGAGAACAACUUCCCACAGGGCAACUCUCCGUAGUCCCUUGGCGGCGAACGGGGGUCAAGUACACCAACAACGAGGCCUAUUUUGAUGUGAUUGAGGAGAUAGAUGCCAUCAUUGAGAAAUCAGGUUCUACGAUUACUGCUGAAAUUCAAGGGGUGAUCGAUGCCUGUGUGAAACUAACCGGGAUGCCAGACCUUACCCUCUCUUUCAUGAACCCCAGAUUGCUGGAUGAUGUCAGCUUCCACCCCUGUGUGCGCUUCAAGCGCUGGGAGUCCGAACGCAUCCUCUCCUUCAUUCCUCCAGAUGGGAACUUCCGCUUGCUCUCUUAUCACGUCAGUGCUCAGAACUUGGUGGCCAUCCCUGUCUACGUGAAGCACAACAUCAGUUUCCGAGACAGCAGCUCACUGGGCCGCUUUGAGAUCACAGUGGGGCCGAAGCAAACCAUGGGGAAGACUGUAGAGGGAGUGAUGGUUACCAGCCAGAUGCCAAAAGGCGUCCUGAACAUGACCCUCACACCUUCUCAGGGGACGCACACCUUUGAUCCUGUCACAAAGAUGCUGACUUGGGAUGUGGGGAAGAUCAACCCUCAAAAGCUGCCAAGUUUAAAGGGGACGAUGAGCCUCCAAGCAGGAGCCUCCAAGCCGGACGAGAACCCCACCAUCAACCUGCAGUUCAAAAUCCAGCAGCUGGCCAUUUCGGGUUUGAAAGUGAAUCGCCUCGACAUGUAUGGAGAGAAAUACAAACCUUUCAAGGGAAUCAAGUACAUGACCAAGGCUGGGAAGUUCCAAGUCCGGACCUAAGAGUUCCUCUGCCCAAAGGAAGACUUGCGUGUGCCCUCACUGUCUGACCUCUCUCUGCUCUUGUCAUUUUCUGGGGCAUCUCCCUGCUGUAGCUUACCUGGAUUUGGCCAAGGCAGGUAUCUCUUUUCUGCACUGGGCGAGCCACCACCUUUUGUUACAUUUUGAGGCUCUUGGACAGAAUGGAAGAGUGCAUGAGAGAGUAUAGUGAGAGGUUCACCAAUCAGUUCUUCAGCAAAUGCAGAUGCUGUGCCCUCCUUCCUUUUGUGACUGGCAUUUCCUUGUAUCUUGGCCAACUGGAGUCCAAUGCCCUGAGUGACAGGGCAAGAGGAGGAGAUGUGUGGGGGCCAGGGGCAGUGAUACAUUGAGUCUUGGACAGUCUUCAUAUACAUGUGUUUUUGUUAGUUUCAAAGACUGACUGGAAGAGAGCUCCAUCCAACUCCUGUGCAUCUUCAAAAACCUUGUCUUGGCAUCUGUAGUCAUUCAGUCGCUCAGCCAGAUUUAUGGUUCUGGGAAAAGGCUGAAUAAAGGUAGUAAUUUGCUUAGAGAGCUGAAGGUGGUGUGAAAGAGGCUUUAGCCCAUCGCAAAUUAGAUCAUUUCAGAUGUUGUCUAGGCUGAACAGGUUUUGCAGCGUUGCGGGUAAUGCUUUGAAAACCUGCCAGGCCCGUUUGCCCAAGGAUGGCAAUGGAGCAAAAGAUUGGAGCAUGUACACCUCUGGCGACACCAGCCUCUAUCAUGCCACCUUCAGCUCUCUGAAAAACUCUUGUCUGCCAAGGUUUCUUUUGGAGGGAGGUGUGGUAAGAAGCCUAUGUACAAAUCUGUGUUUCAUGUUUGUAAAAAGAACCAUCUGGCUAAAAGAAGGGAGUGGCAAAAUUUGGGGCUUUUAGAGGCUUGUAAUUUUUAUUACUGUACUACAGCUCCUCCUUCUGCAUGUAUGUUGCACUGUUGGUUCCCCUUUCUUGCAUGUGUUGCUUCGGUAUAAAUAGAAUGUAGCUCUAUGCAGGCACAUGCGUGUGUAGUAGUAAUAGUGUGUGCGCGCAUGUGCGCCACAUGCAUUCUGAUCUGAGUUUGUACCAAUUUUGCAUGGCCAUAGUUUGGUUUUGGUUCUGAAUUUUUGCCCCCUUCCCAACAUAAUAGAUCCAACUUAAUUUCUUUGGCAUGGGAACUGUCUUGAGAAUGCCCUGGAAUAGUGCUGAGACCCAGCAAGCUGUGCCAGAGAAUCCACAAAACAUAUUACUGGGCCAAAAUAGUCCAUGUACAUGAGACAUUGCUACCUUUACAAUGGCAGUGUAAAUGUGUUUGCUUUUGCAAGACUGCUGAGAGUGAAAGCAGCUAUUAUGGCACACCCAGUCAAAUGAAAUAUAUUUUUGUUACUUCACUGUAGCUAUAAAGACAGGCAUAAUCGUCUCAACAAUAAUUGUGUUGAACUGUUCACCUUUAAAACUUGACUUCUCAAUGUGUGCAUCUUACAAGUCAAUCCUCUAGCUCUGCUCUGACCUUGCUGUCCUUCUAUGCUUUCUGUUUUUUAAGACUUCUGUCUUUUAAUUACUUAUAUCAUAUACAAAAGUACAGUUGUCCAUUGUAACAAACUAAGUCACAAAGACGUUUAAAACUGCUCUGAGAAGGAGGAGUACAUUGGCAAUAUCAUAGUCACUGGCCAAUAGCCCACUGACCAUACCUAACUUUUCAUGGUUACUGGCAGAUGCUUUUCUCCACAAGAGAAAAACAUUGUUGUUUUUUUCAGGACACAAAGGCCACCAAAACCAAGAUUUCAUGUUUACAUCUUACUUCGCCCAGACGGACCUGAGAAGUUAACAGUAUCUCAUAACCGUAAUGCACUGUGACAGUAAAAGGUAUUAUUGAACUGUAGGAAGAAGUUGCAGGGGUAAGCACUUGUGACCCUACGGAUGUUGUUGGGCUCCAGAUCCCAUUACCCCAGUCAUUGGCUAGAUGAUGGGAGUGGUAGUCCAUUGACUUCUGGGGGGCCCAAAGCCACCCAUGCCUGUGUUGAUACUACCUCCUUUCGGGGCUUUGGGUUGGUCUCCCACCUGGUUAAAUGGUGCCCUACUAGUAAAAACAUUCAUGCAGUUGCUGCAAGGCUUAGAUAAGAAUGUUUGAUUUGUUGAUUAUGUAUUUGGCACACAGUCCUAUCACAACAGAGAGUGGGGAAGGGAGUUGUACCUGCGGCUUAUGCGCAGUAGGUGGGGUUGCAGCCUAAAGAAUGGCCAUUUUUUCCUCCUGGUUUAACCAGAAGCCAAACACUUCUCAGGUGGUCAGGUUCAGUGUGACAGUGUUUGGAACAGUGGUGUAUUCCUUUCUCUUUCGUCCUGAAAUAUCUUGCCUUCCAGUUGGUCCUGGAUUAUUUUAUCUGUGUUUUUAUGAGUUACAUUUAUAUCUCAUCUUUCCUCCAGUGAGCUCCAGGCAGCUCCUUUGCCCCGUUUUUAUCUUCACAACAAUCCUGUGCAAGAAAGAGAUCAGGGUGGAAGAGAGUGGCCCAAAAACACUGGGUGAGUUUUAUGGCUCAUUGUGGACAGGAAUGUGGGUAUUCUAAGUCCAGCACCCCAAUAAAUGCAGUCCAAUACACCAACAACAUGAUGAAAUGAACAGGUAGAGUUCAUUUUAAAAAUGCUUGCACAACCUUUUCUGUUGUGUUGUAUGAAAAUUAAUGAUGGGAGUGGAAGAGGUCCCUUUUGGGGAGCUUCAAGAGAGGAUGGCACUUUUUCUUGUGCUCCUGUGAAUUUGUUGGGAACUGUUGGAAAUAGGAUGCUGGACAAAAUAGGCCUUUGGUCUGAACCAGCAGAGCUACUUUAGGUUUGCACCUGAGGUCUUCAACUAUUUUCUAAGAGUUUAUUCUGCAAGCAUUCUAAACCUUUUGCUUGGCCUUUCUCCUCCCUUUCCAUAUCUGUUUGUUGUUUAUCCAUACAUCCGAUCUUAAAAUAUUUAUAUACAACCUUUUGUCAUGGGAUGGUCUGAAUCCAAACCUUCUGAUAUAUAGCAUUCCUGGAGGCCAAAAGGUGUAUAUGUUCAAAAACAGGGUUUUAUUAACUUAAGCUGAACAUAGCAAAACAGAUUAUUUAAUACCUUUAGAACACAACUCACACACUCUCCCAUAUUCUUGCAGGGACCAGUAGUGGCUGUCUCUCCCAGGUUACAAGAGCUAGCAAUCUGGCACCCUUCACAGCGACAUAAAAAGCAUAUCACAUCCUGGCCCCUCUUCCCAUGUUAGUUACUUGUGGCGCAUGGAAAGUGUGAACAGGGUUGUUUGUGGCAGAUUGAGAUUGUAAAAAAUAAAAAUGAAACUACUUAUUUAUUAAAGGUUUCUGAGCCUGUGUU